AUGUACGAGGUGCAGUCUAACGCGCUCCAAAUCCAUACAUGCUGUGCCCCCCCCUCCUUGCGUGUCCCCUACCCAUGUGUCCCCUCCCCCUGUGUCCCCUCCCCAUGUGUCCCCUCCCCAUGUGUCCCCUCCCCGUGUGUCCCCUCCCCGUGUGUCCCCUCCCCGUGUGUCCCCUCCCUCCCCGUGUGUCCCCUCCUCGUGUGUCCCCUCCCCGUGCGCCCUUUCCCUGCGCUCCUCCCCCUCAGGGACAUGCACGGGUGCAACCUAACUAGCCUCAUCCCAGCCACAGUGGGGUGCCUUUUGAGCCUCAAGUACUUUCUGGUCAACCAGAACCGCCUCUUGGGGUCCAUCCCAAGCACAGUGAGCGCGCUGCAGCAGCUGUACAUGUGGGACGUCAUGGACAACCUUAUUUGCUGCACUGUUCCAUCCUUUGGGGGCGCCAGCGAGCUCGUGCACCUGUGCGUGGGGUGUGGUGUAGGUGUGGUGUGGCAUGGGUGUGGUAUAGGUGUGGCAUGGGUGUGGUAUAGCCACUUGAGUCGCAACCUGCUCAGCUCAGUGCCGGAUCACAUCGGCUGGCUGCCCAAGCUAGAGCACGUGCCGGUGGAUGGCAACCAGCUGCAGCAUCCCAUCCCAACAACCUUCAACAACACCAACCUCACUAUCAUCUACUGGAGCAACAACCUGCUGCCCAGCCUACCCACCACGUGGUUCCUUCCCAAGCUCAGGGACUUUGUCGUCAGUGACUGUUCGCCACCACCCCAGGAGCUGCCAUCCUUCCCGCUCUCUACCGACCUUGCCAACCUCGACCUGAGCAACAACUUCAUUGGUGGCAUUCCCGCAACUCUCUUCCAGCAAAACCCCAACCUCAUCAACCUAUAA